AUGAAGCCAACUUGGCAACCACCGCGAGACUACCGCAAUCGCCCCGUCGCCAUUCUUGGCGCGGGCGUACUCGGUCGUCGAGUAGGAUGCAUUUGGGCAUCAGCCGGCUACGAUGUUCGACUUCGAGACCCCAGUGAGCAACAACGAGUGGACGGGAUUGCAUACAUUGAAGAGAAUGUGCAAGCAUACAGCGCGAAGACCGGAAAAGUCCCAGGGUCCUUUGAGGCAUUCGAAGGCAUGGAAGAUGCCGUUGCAAAUGCCUGGCUUGUCAUUGAAGCUGUUCCGGAGAAGAUCGGACUCAAGGUUGCUACAUUUGCAGAACUGGAAGCCAUUGCUGCGGAAGACUGCAUUUUGGCUUCCAACUCAUCUUCAUACAAGUCUUCCGAUAUGAUCAGCGGCGUCACGGAUCUGACUAAGAGGCGCAUUCUGAACAUGCAUUAUUAUAUGCCACCUCAGUGUAUGAUUGUGGAGCUCAUGACUGAUGGAUUUACUUCUCCAGAGAUAUUCCCUUUCAUGGUUGAACGCUCUAAGGAGGCCGCUACCAUCCCUUAUGUUGCAAGGAAAGAGUCUACUGGGUUCAUUUUCAAUCGACUCUGGGCUGCUGUGAAGCGGGAGGUCUUGACUAUUCUUGCCGAGGGUGUUUCGGUUCCCGAAGAAAUCGAUGCCAUGUGGCUUGAGAUGUUCGUCAAGGGGGCAUCCCUUCCAUGCCAGAUGAUGGACAACGUUGGCCUAGACACCGUUGCCUUUAUCGAGAGUCAUUAUGUGGCUGAACGUGGACUAUCUCCGGAGAAGACCGUCGGCUUUUUGAAAACCAAUUACCUUGACCAAGGCAAGCUAGGAACUAAGUGUUCGCAAGGCGGUCUCUAUGCUCCAAGCGACAAAUCGACCGCCACUAAGGUCAACUCAAGAGACCCUGACAUUUUAGUUUUGGAUCUGGGCCUCUCAGCUUCUACGCCUAGCACUACGUCAGGACAAAUUCUCAAGGUCACCGCUGACGGAAUGCUUCAUGAAACAAUCUUAAAAGACCAAUCCUUACCUGACGGGCUGGCCGUGGAUCCAGCCUGUGGCCGCAUGUUCUGGACUUGUAUGGGAGUGCCAGGGAAGUAUGAUGGAGCAGUCUACUCUGCCAAGCUUGAUGGGUCGGAUAUCAUGACGCUGGUUGCUCCAGGUGUUGUAAAUACUCCUAAGCAACUUGCUAUUGAUCAUGCCGCACAGCAAGUCUAUUUCUGUGACCGCGAAGGGUGUCGAGUUUAUCGCUGUGGGUUCGACGGCUCCAAUUUGGAUGUUCUGAUCGACAAUAUUGCCCAUGAUCUUACCUCAGAAGUAAGCGUCAGCGACUGGUGUGUGGGCAUUGCGGUCAGCCCCCGCCUAGGUAAGUUCUAUUGGACACAGAAAGGACCAUCAAAGGGUGGCAAAGGGCGCAUCUUCUGUGCCGAUAUCACAACACCCAAGGGCCGACCAGGAGGUUUGCGAGAUGAUACGCAGUGCAUUCUGAGUGACCUCCCCGAGCCAAUUGAUCUUGAGGUGGACGAGAAUUCUCGCACACUUUACUGGACUGAUCGUGGAGAAAUUCCCUGGGGCAACUCAUUGAACAAAAUCAGCUUAGAUGGAACCGGUCUUCCUCUGUCGGCUGAAUCCCCUCGGAUAUAUCAAACCAUCACCAGGGGUCUCAAUGAAGCGAUCGGGUUGAAGCUGGAUAUGAUCAACUCCCACAUCUACCUCACUGAUUUGGGUGGAAGUAUCUACCGAUGCGAUUUGGACGGCAACCAUAAGGAGCAGAUCUACUACGAGGAUCACCGAGCCUUUACUGGAAUUACUCUUCUAGGACCUUGA